UCUCCCCUUCCCAUUCCCGCCCCUCCUCGCACAAUCACGCACCACCCGUCAUUUGAUGGCACCAACGAUACUAUCACCCUUCGGCGGCUUUGAAAUCUUACCAUGUCCAACAAGUUUCGUUCCUUGCAGCGAAAGAAAAACGCCCGGUCCAUAGUCUCCGAGGAUCCGUGGAAAGUCGACACACCAUUCGGACCGCCCCGAAUCCCACAUUUUCCAGGUCGAGGCAUGCGACGCCUUCGCAGUACCCUCCAGAAAUUAUCGCCCUCUGCGCGUGCUGAGCGAGAACUCCUCAGGCAAAAGAACCGGUACAAGAGCCCCUUGACUGAGAGGAAUGUCGAUGCUCUGGUCACGGAGCAGCUGUUCACCGAUGCUUGUUAUCCCGACAAACAUAGCAGAGAGUUGCAGAUCUCUGCAUGGCUAGAGCGACUGUCCUACUGAGACGCGCCAUCCUUACGUACCUCCUCCUCUUCCUGCAUCUCCUUCUGCGGGGAAUACCAUCGAACACAGACGCUUCCUUGCGCGCUUACCUUCCCGCAUCUUCUCACAUCCUUGAUUGAAUGAUCUGAGGAUCUAGUUUGUUGAACAUCUGUUCAGUCGACUGUCUCAGCACUCUGUCCGACCGGUACCCAUGAAAAUAGUUGUUCACUCGGCUUGAGAUUUGUGCUUGGCAUAACGGUUGAUCCACUCGACGACGCAGCCAUGCAUGCAGGUGUCGGCGCUAGAGGCAAGACACUUGGACAUAAUAAGCGUGCGUUUUGCUUCCUCUUGUAGAGCAAAAUAGGAAACCGUGUUUCAACAAGCAACG